GCAGGGAGGCGGGCCGUCCCCCAGUGCGCGCAGGCGCGUGCCGGGCUGGGCUCCGACCCGAGUUCGGCGCCGGGCGGCCACUGGCUGGCCUCGCAGGCCUACCAGGAUGGAGGGGCAUGCUGAAAUGGAGAUGCUGAGAACCCUGAAGGGGCCCUCUGCAGGGGAGGUCAGCGUGCACCUGGUGGCCAGGGGCAGCCCAGGUUCUGGCCCUCACCUGCCCACUACUGCCUUCAUCAUUCCAGCCAGCUCUGCCACCCUUGGCCUGCCCAGCAGUUCCCUGGAUGUGCCCUGCUUUCCACGGGAGCCGAUCCAUGUGGGCGCCCCGCAGCGAGUGCCCGGCAGCGUACCUGUCAUGGCCACCGUUCUGCCGCAGUUGAGCGCAGGGCCGGCGGCCAGCUCCAGCGCCAGCACAGUGCGGCUUCUGGGGUGGACCGAGGCCCCGGCCCCGGCCCCGGCCCCGCCUCCUGGGGGCGGCCUACGGUGCCGGCUACCGGAGUACGCGCCUCGGAACAUGGUGGGAGCCGAGCAGCCCCCGAGCCCCGAGCUGCGUCGGGAAGGUGUGGCGGAGUACGAAGCCGGCCAGGCGCCGGCGGGAGGCGGCGAUGCGGGCCCCCAACAGCCGGCGGACCUCCCCCACGACCCUCCAGGAGACCCCCCGCAAGACCCCCCCGAGAAUGGUGCCACCUGUCAGUGCCAGGCGUGUGAGCCUCAGCCAGGCUCCCGUCCAGAUCCUGGCUCCUCCAGGGAUGGCUGCCCCCCGCUGUUUCAGGAGCGGUCAGUCAUAGUGGAGAACUCCUCGGGCCAGAAAUACUACACCAGCACUUCUGAGCUCCUCAAACCCGUGAAGAAGAGGAAGUACAGGGAGUACCACAGCCCAUCAGAGGAGUCGGAGCCAGACGCCGCGGAGAAGCGAGAAGAAAGGAAGGACCCAGAGGGACAGCCCACAGCUAGCGUCCCAGAAAGUGAGGAGUGGAACGGGAGCCAGCCUGCGUCAGGGGAGAAGAAGGAAGGCUGGUCCUGGGAGUCUUACCUUGAGGAGCAGAAGGCCAUCACCGCCCCGGUCAGCCUCUUCCAGGACUACCAGGCGGUCACUCAUAACAAGAACGGCUUCAGACUGGGCAUGAAGUUGGAAGGCAUCGACCCUCAGCACCCAUCCAUGUACUUCAUCCUCACCGUGGCCGAGGUGUGUGGCUAUCGUCUCCGACUGCAUUUUGAUGGGUAUUCUGAGUGCCACGACUUCUGGAUCAAUGCCAACUCCCCUGACAUCCACCCUGCUGGCUGGUUUGAGAAGACUGGGCACAAGCUACAGCCCCCCAAAGGUUACAAGGAGGAGGAGUUCAGCUGGAGUCAGUACCUGCGCAGCACAAGGGCUCAGGCUGCCCCCAAGCACCUGUUCGUGAGCCAAAGCCACAGUCCCCCACCCCUGGGCUUCCAGGUGGGCAUGAAGCUGGAGGCUGUGGACCGUAUGAACCCGUCCCUCGUCUGUGUGGCCAGCGUGACCGACGUGGUGGACAGUCGCUUCCUGGUGCACUUUGACAACUGGGACGAUACUUACGACUACUGGUGUGAUCCCAGCAGCCCCUACAUCCACCCGGUUGGCUGGUGCCAGAAGCAAGGAAAGCCCCUCACACCUCCACAAGACUACCCAGACCCUGACAGCUUCUGUUGGGAGAAAUAUCUGGAGGAAACUGGGACCUCUGCUGUGCCCACCUGGGCCUUCAAGGUGCGACCCCCGCACGGCUUUCUUGUUAACAUGAAGCUGGAGGCUGUGGACCGCAGGAACCCAUCCCUGAUCCGUGUGGCCAGUGUGGAGGAUGUGGAGGACCAUCGGAUAAAGCUCCACUUUGAUGGCUGGAGUCAUGCCUUUGACUUCUGGAUUGAUGCCGACCACCCGGACAUCCACCCCGCCGGCUGGUGCUCCAAGACAGGGCAUCCCCUGCAGCCUCCUCUCCAUCCCAGAGAGCUCGGCUCUGCCUCCCCUGAGGGCUGUUCCCCCCUCAGCUACCGGGGCCUGCCGCACACGAGGACCUCCAAGUACAGCUUCCACCAGCGGAAGUGCCCCACGCCUGGUUGUGACGGGUCCGGCCACAUCACAGGCAAGUUCACAGCUCACCAUUGCCUCUCGGGGUGCCCCCUGGCUGAGAGAAACCAGAACCGGCUGAAAGUGGAGCUGUCCGACUCAGAGGCCUCGGCCCGUAAGAGGAACCUCUCGGGCUUCUCCCUAAGGAAGAAGCCUCGCCAUCAUGGCCGGACUGGGCGCCCUCCAAAGUAUCAGAAGAUUACACAAGAAGAGUUCGCGACACUAACGACCGAUGUCAUCCACCAGUCCUUCUUCAUGUCAUCCCUGUCGGCCCACCCUGACCGGUCCCUCUCAGUGUGCUGGGAGCAGCACUGCAAGCUCCUGCCGGGAGUGGCGGGCAUCUCGGCCUCAACAGUGGCCAAGUGGACCAUCGAUGAGAUGAUUGAUGGCGAGGCCUUCCUUUUGCUGACACAGGCGGACAUUGUGAAGAUCAUGAGUGUCAAGCUGGGUCCAGCCUUGAAGAUCUAUAACGCCAUUCUCAUGUUCAAAAACGCCGAUGACACCUUAAAGUGACUGGCUCAGGGCUGGGCCCUCCUCCAACCCCAGCCGGGCCUCCCUCUGCACCUGAUGCUUCCUUCCUGGCCUGAGUUCCUCAUAUCCCACCUGUGCCCCCACUAUGCUCUGCAUCUGGCCAGGGGUGGUUGCUCUUCUCUCCAGGGCUGCUUCCUACAAGGUACAUGGGAGCAGAGGAGCCCCGGGGAGGAUGGAGUCUUAGCCCCCAAGUCCUGGAACUCAUCUGCCACCAGGCAUACCAGUGAGGGUGUGACAUUGCUGGGGGAGCAUUACUGAUGGAGUGGGUUGGGGGUACCCUGCCUGUGGCAGCCCACUUCUCUAGCCAACUUGUUUUGUCACCACAGGGUCUUGUUGUUUGCAAUUAAGGACAGUCUGGUGGAGCGAGAGGCCCUUUUUGGCAUCUCUCUGUGCUUUUCUUUCCUUGUCUCCUUUCCUCCUACCAAGAAGUGACCCUGCCACAAACAUAUUUACUCAAAAGGCACCUCCCCCCUGUCUUUUGGUUUUGCCGCCCUCAUUCUGCUGCUCAGUUUUCUGGUCAGUGCCCCCACCCUGGCACAGCCAGACCUCACUGGUUCCUCCCUUUAAGUGGGUGUGCCUCAGACACAUGUUUUCAUAGGAUCCAAUGGGAGUCUGGGCUGCCGUUUUCCAUUUUACCCAGAAGUGAGGGAUUCUGAGCCAAAAUGCCUUCUUGAACGUGUCCAGCUCUGGACCACUUGGCAUUCUUACUGUUCCACGCCUAGACCUGUUUCCAGCAGAGCAGGUAGUCAGAGCAUUUCACCUCUGCAGCAGGGGUUAAGGUUCCAUGGGUGUUCCCCAUACACUCUCAGUGUGUCAGGUAUGGGAGGAGGCAGCCUGAAUGGCUAGUGGCCAAGGUCAGCCCAAGAGUACGUCAGACAAUCUUUGGUCAGAGGGGCAGCUCCACCAGGUAUUGUGGCUCCCAAAGCUGGAAGCCUUGGGUCUCAGCCAAGGUGUUGCCCAUGGCAGGAGUCAGGGGACCACGCGUGCCAGGCCUCCUGUCAUGGGCAUGUAGCACUCUCUCUAGUACACACACACACCCCCUGUAACAUCGCUUCAACCUGUCCCUCACAUGCCCUGCUCUUGGGUUUUACAAAGAGGACUUGAAGUUGGGAGUUGGGAAAGUGAAUUCUAUCUUUGAGCUCUCUGAGUCCCUUAAGCCUUUCUUACCCCUCUCCAUCAGUGUUGCAGUGGGGGGCCUGCUGGGACUCUGGGACUUUGGCCUUUCUGUCCAAGUGGGGGCCUAGCCUCCACUGAGCCACUGCCAAACCUGAAGCCUGGGAGCAGGCCCCACGGGGAGAUGGGGAGCAGGGCUGAGCUGGGCUUCCCCAGACUGCUCUGCCAGCCAUGGGAGGUGUGUGUGUGUGUGUGUGUGUGUGUGUGUGUGUGUGUGUGUGUGUGUGUGUAGGCACUCUCAGAAGUGUUGGACAGGGUGAUGUGAGGCUCAGUGUUGGGAAAAUGUCAAGGGCUAUUCCUGUUACAAUAUGAAGCUUUAUCUUUCCCAUAGAAGAGAGAAGCCCAAAGUUCAGGUGAUUUCCUGUUCCCUGCCCAGGAGGGGACCCUCUCACAAGGGACCAGACAGCUUUGCUCGGGCAGCCAUUCAGCCCCCACAGGACUGACAUGCUCCUUCCCUUCCAGCCCUAAGAGGCAGCCCUGACCACGACCUCCCAGGGGAGAAAGCAGGCAGGCCCGAGGGUUGGGUUUACAGAGGUCGCAUUGGUGUCCCCAUUGGUCAAGAGCCUCUCUAUCUUGGUUGCUUGAGUGGUGGCAAAACUCACCAGUUCCUUGGCCUUCGCCUAUGAGACUGUGAGAUGCUCACUGGCUUUGUGGUGUGAGGAGAAGGCAGCAAGUACACACAGUUGAGUGGGGCUGGGAUGGCUUUGCCAUGUGGAUUUACUAACCACGCUCUUAAUACCUGCCUACCAGAAAGGCAGGAUGGACCAAGGGCCUCGAGGAAAAGGGCCCCCAGGCCUCCGAACUUUGAGGCCUCAGCACUUUCUGCACCAAUGUCCAACUCUUUGGAAAGAAACCAAAUCACAAAAAAGGAGAAAGAAAUCUGCCUCCUGUCCACCCUACUACCUCCCUUUCCCACCCAUCCUGACCCCAAAUGAGAUCAUCGCACCUUGACCUGGGAGGGCAGUAAGGGGAGGGAGUUGGCACCGGUGCCCAGUGCCAUGUGACCUCUGCCCGGCUCUCCAGCAGAGGCACCACUUACACUUUGGCCCGGCAGCCUCGCCCAGCUCUGGCCUAGGCCAGGGAGGACCUUUCUGUUUGGCUUCUGAAACAGAAAGAAUGAUCCCAGAAUUUGAAAAUGAAACUUGUUUGCACUUUCAUUCACAUGCACUUUGGUGGAGUUAGGUUUUUGUAUUUGCUGUGUGUGUGUGUGUGUGCGCACGCGUGUUCGUGUGCAUGUGUGCACACAUGUGUGUGUCCUUUAAGAGAAACUUCUGGCUUAAGAUAAAGUGACUCUUGACUCAUGAGGGAGGAAAAAGUUAUAAAAAAAAUGUGGUGUGCUCCAUCCAUUUAUUGAAACAAAUAAACUUGAACAACUGAAGGAUAUGCACUCAGAAUUUGUUCUAUUUUCAUGGCGAAAUACCCAGAAAACAGAAAGAGAAUAUCAAUAAUACUCUGUAAUUACUGCAGAGAAUAAAGCAUUGUCUCUG